GGGGCAGGGAGCGACGGGAGCGGUGCGGGGGGGCGCGGGGCCACAAUGAGGCGGUGCGGGACCGGCUGGAAGCUCUGUCUGCCGCCAAGGAGGAGAGCCCUGAAGCCAAAGAGAUGGUGGCUGCAAUCCUUAACCCAGAAUCCCAGGAGCCAGUGCUGUUUGAAGAUCUGGCAGUUUAUUUCUCUCAAGAAGAGUGUGUGAACCUUCAGCCCAUUCAGAGGGAUUCUUGCAAGGAUGCCAGAUGGGAGAUGUAUAAGGAAAUGUUCCCACUAGGUGAUGGAAGCAUGGACGAGAACCUCAAUCGGGAAAGCCCAGAAAAUGGGACUCUUCAAGAAAUCUCCACGGGAUGGGGUGAAGAGUACUCUGAGUGGGGGAAAGCCACUGAGGAUAACCCAGGCAGCCCCGAGUGGAAAAGAUGGGCUUUGCCUCUCCCCCGGAAGAAGAGAUUCAUAAGCCUUUUAGUCACCAUUGACAAUCAUAUUCCUUUAAGAGACCUCUCUCGGUGCACAGACAAUCUCUUCCCUUUCGAGUGGGAUGACUCCCCCACAGAUCAGGUUGUGGCCCCUGCCCAUAAGUGCCCCGAGUGCGGGAAGAGCUUCGCCAAGAGCUCCCGCCUCGUUUCGCAUCGGAGAAUUCACACGGGGGAGAAGCCCUACGAGUGUCCCGCCUGUGGGAAAAGUUUUACCCAGAGAUCCACCCUUACGACCCACGAGAAGACCCACCAGGCUCUGAAGCCGCACCAGUGCCCUCGCUGUGGAAAAGCUUUCCGGCGCGUUGCUCACCUCCUUCGGCACGAGAACAUCCACACCAGGGCCAGGCCCCACAGGUGCGACAGGUGCGGAGAGGGUUUCAGUGGGAAUGCCAAACUUUUGCAGCACCAGAAAGCACACACCGGCGGGAGGCCCUUCCAGUGCCCCACGUGCGGACGAUGCUUCGGCCGCAACUCGGACCUGGUGACCCAUCGAAGGACGCACACCGGGGAGAGGCCCUACAGGUGCCCGGACUGCGGGAAAGGCUUCAGCCAACGAUCCAACCUCGCCACGCACAAGAGGACCCACACGGGGGAAAAGCCCUACACGUGCGGCCACUGUGGGAAAAUUUUCCGCCGCAGUUCUCACCUUGCCCGGCACGAGGCUCUCCAUGCCGGGCAGAGCCCGCACAAGUGCCACGACUGCAGGAAGGGUUUCCUCACGGACUUGGAGCUGGGGCGGCAUCGGGUCACCCACUCGGGGCUGAAGCUGUACCCGUGUCUUGCGUGCGAUAGAAGUUUCAGCUGGAAGUCCGAUCUCGCUGUUCAUCAGAGGCUCCACACGGGAGAGAAACCUUUCAAGUGUCCCACGUGCGAGAAGAGCUUUAGGCUGAGCUCCCAUCUGGUUAUGCACCAGAGGACCCACACGGGAGAGAAACCCUAUCAGUGCCUCGACUGCAAGAAAAGUUUCAGUAGGUGUUCGGACCUCAUCAUGCACCGGAGGCUCCACACGGGUGAGAGACCCUAUCGUUGCUCCCAUUGCAGCAAGAGCUUCAUCCGGAGCUCCCACCUCCUGCGGCACCAGAAGAUCCACCGGCGAGAGGAGCUGUGAGGGGGUCGGGGGGUGGAAAGGGUCUCGGGCGGUUCUCGAGGCAAAGGUGCCCAGGUCCCGAUUAGGGCCUUCUUCAUCAGAACGUGAUGCAGAAAGGACCGUCCAUCCUUCUUUUCGGCCAUGCUUAUGUGGGUAACGCCACCGUUAGCAACGUCUCUUCCAUCCUAGGAUUCCUGUAGCAAUUGAGGAGAUGCUCCAUGUUCCCGGGAGUGGAGUUCACCCCGUUUUCCUCUAAUUUGAGGGUUGCAUUCUGGCAAGACUCGGCCUCAUAGGAAAGUCACACUAUGGUGCUGGCCCUCUCGGAUGUUGCACAGGUGUACGAGCGUGCGGGCACGCGUAUCCAUGUCCUUCUGAUACCGGGGUGUGCCGAAGCCAUCCAGGCUUAUGUUUUUGGAUAAAUGCCCCCCAGUUUCCUCACGGGCUUCCAGCCAAAUGCACGGUGAAAAGGUGCAUUGUGGCGGAACUGGGUCUAUCCCAAGACUUGUUUUAUGAAAUGUAUUUACUAUCCCUCUUCUUUCUCUCUCCUGCUUGUCCCUUGUGGAUAGCUCUCCUAAAACUCACCAGGGACAUCCUCCAAUAAAUGAAGUCAAGUUUUUUUAAGUGGUGUGUGCCUUUUAAACCUUGGUUAUAUGGGGCUUCUUUUAUAUCCCCCACCUAACUCUAUCCUCAUAAGGAAGAGUGGAAGCAGCUGUUUCCAUGAUAAAGUGGGGAAACUGCCAGGCCGAGGGUAAAUUCAAUGCUCGACGUUUCAUAGCGAGUUGGUGUUAGGUGUAGAACUCAAGUGCCUGACUCACAUCCAGGGUCCUUUUCCGACUUGUAGCUUAA